UUCUGGUAAUGUAGGCCACUGAAGCAAAUCCAGAGAGAUUGAGUUGGAAGACAGAGGAGCAUCUGAGAUUCAUUUGGUUACUGUGCUACCUCGCUAUCUCUCUCUCUCUCGCUCCCUCUCUCUCUCUCUCUCUCGUUGUUGCUUCCACCCAGGAAGACUUUCAAAAUGGGUUUUAGCUGAGACAUUUCCAGCUGUGUCAAGAGUAAGGAGAAGGGGCACCGUUUAAGAGAGACCAAAAAGCAAGGACCUAAACUGAAGCGGAACAACGAGGAACAUUCAUGAAAGCAUGAGGUGGCUCUUAGACAGCAGCUGGAAGAAAUUUGGACACGCUGACAGAGGAAACUAUGACUGGUUAACUAGUGAGCCAGGUGUCCCAUUGCUGGAAACACAGCUACAGAGUCAGCACAAAACAAGCUCAACCAAAGAAGACAUUGAACCGUUCUUAUGCAUCAUCCUGCCGGCUACCAUGAUGCUCUUUCUGGCAUUCCUGUUGCUCUUCCUUUACAGACGCUGCCGACGUCGCAGCCCUCAGGCUCAGAUCUUCAGCAUUGACCUCCCAGAGUCCCUUCCAGAGCAUGAGGUGACUGACUUUCUCUCAGUGCUGCCCUGGAGCAGUGAGCAGAGCUUUCAUUACUCCACUCUCCUCCCUGAAACUGCCUUCCUCACUGUAUGCUUGCCUCCGUCAUACGAGGAGGCGACCAUGAAAACCUCAAUGGAAGAGGACCACAUCCAGCUCUUUCAAGAUCCAGUGCCUCCUUACGAAGAGACAAAACAGCAGUAAAAGCUACGGAAAUAACUAUGGCUGCAGUUCUCGUGGUUUAAAAAAAAGGGGGGGGACUCCAAAAAAGGGAAUAGCUACAAUCAUAAAGGAACUUUGACCGGUUAAUAUGCUUAAUUAUGCCAUUUUUAAACGGCACAGAAAGCAAAACAAAAAAACUCUACAAGAUUGUUGUGUAGGAGAAAACUAUGAACUUAAUGCUGUACCUCAGAUUUUUCUGCACUAUUUGACAUAAGCAAAGGUGUUUUGGAAGGCUAAGUCUGAGCAAUGUGGACUGUAGCAGCUGUGGUAAAAAACAAUUAUGCUGGGGAUUUUUUUUACACAGAGAGACACACACACACACCAAUAACUGAAAGGGCUUAAUGUUUUUUUAAAAAAUUGCACUAACUUGUUGAAGAUUUUAACGAAUAGUCAAAAGUCAAAAUAGAGACUGCAAUGACAAUUAACAUGAAUCUGAAAAGUGAGGGCUG